AUGGCCCCAUCACUCGUUGACAUGGAGCCUGCGGAGGCCGAAUCCGUCUACUUCAAUGAAUAUCCACCACCCAAGGCACUCCCCAAACACGAAGCUCUUGCGCGCGCGUUCAUCGCUCGCCAUGUGGAAGCAAACCGACGCGUAGUGCUCGUCACCUCAGGUGGAACGACAGUGCCGCUAGAGGCGCAGACUGUGCGCUUCAUCGACAAUUUCUCCGCGGGUACCCGUGGUGCCACCUCCGCAGAGUACUUCCUCCAACAAGGGUAUGCAGUCAUCUUCCUGCACCGCCCCCCAGCCUCUGAUUCAGAAAACCCCGACCAUGGCCGGAUCGUGGUGCGCAGCGAAUACCAAGAUGAGAUGCGCGAUGUGCUGCGCAAGUAUCGCUACGCGAAGCAGAACAAUUUGCUCCUCCUGCUUCCCUUCACUACGGUCGCUGAGUACAUGUUUGAGCUGCGGUCAUUGGCGAAGCUGAUGCGGCCCUUGGGCCCGAAUGCUUUGUUCUAUCUUGCUGCAGCCGUGAGUGACUUCUUCAUUCCACGAAGUCGUAUGGCGGAACACAAAAUCCAAUCCUCCGAACUACCCGCACAUCUCGAUAAAGAUAACGCCAUUGGGUCCGAUGAUAUCUAUACCGGGGAAAAUGAGGCCGAGCCUCCGAAGAGCCGCAAGAAGCUUGUCGUCAACCUUGACCCUGUACCUAAAUUCUUGCACCGACUGGUUGACGGAUGGGCUCCAGAUGGAAGCAUGGUCGUUUCGUUUAAACUUGAGACAGAUCCCACACUCUUGGUGUAUAAAGCACGGACCGCUCUGCAACGCUACGCGCACCACCUCGUUAUCGGUAACUUGUUGUCCACAAGGAAGUGGGAAGUCGUCUUCAUCACACCUGAUCCGCCCCACGAGAGAUGGAUCCGAGUGCCCAAGGCCCGACGCAGCAAGAGCAUAUCUGGAGUGGAGGACCAAGUCGGUCUAGCCGAGAUCAAGAAAGGGGGCUCUGGGUCUGCUCCGGAGACCGACCAGCCGCCUGCGUAUCCACAGGGUGGCGACGAUGGACUCGAAAUCGAGAGUCUGAUCAUCCCGGAACUGGUGAAGCUGCAUGAAAACAUGAUUCAGAAGAAAACAGAAGCUUCGUAA